GUUUAGAAGUGAAUUAUGCAUAUAUAGAACUGUUAGACAUUUGGCUCUAUUGACAAAUGUGUUUGUUAGACAGUAAAGCAGGGAAGUUAGCUUGUUGUGUUAGCCAGCGUAUGAUCACGGGUCAAAGUCAGAGUGGAGGACAAGGACCUGGUGGAGGAAAGAAAGAUGACAAAGAUAAGAAAAAGAAGUAUGAGCCUCCCAUUCCCACAAGAGUUGGGAAAAGGAAGAAGAAAGUGAAGGGACCAGAUGCUGCUAGCAAACUCCCCCUGGUCACUCCGCACACACAGUGCAGGCUGAAACUCCUCAAACAAGAGAGAAUUAAAGACUAUCUGCUGAUGGAGGAGGAGUUCAUCAGGAACCAGGAGCAGAUGAAACCCCUGGAGGAGAAACAAGAGGAGGAGAGAUCUAAAGUGGAUGAUCUCAGAGGGACGCCCAUGUCUGUGGGAACUCUGGAGGAGAUCAUUGACGAUAAUCACGCCAUUGUGUCGACAUCAGUGGGCUCGGAACAUUAUGUCAGUAUUCUGUCAUUUGUAGAUAAAGACCUUCUAGAGCCCGGCUGCUCGGUGUUACUGAACCACAAGGUUCAUGCAGUAAUCGGGGUGCUGAUGGAUGACACUGACCCUCUGGUGACUGUAAUGAAAGUAGAGAAAGCCCCGCAAGAGACAUACGCAGACAUCGGAGGUCUGGACAACCAGAUUCAAGAGAUAAAGGAGUCUGUGGAGCUUCCUCUCACACAUCCAGAGUAUUAUGAAGAGAUGGGAAUAAAGCCGCCUAAAGGGGUCAUUCUGUAUGGUGCACCGGGAACGGGCAAAACUCUUCUGGCAAAGGCGGUGGCAAACCAGACGUCUGCCACCUUCCUGAGGGUGGUGGGCUCAGAGCUUAUUCAGAAAUACCUGGGUGAUGGUCCCAAACUGGUGCGAGAGCUCUUCAGAGUGGCUGAGGAACAUGCUCCGUCCAUUGUCUUCAUAGAUGAGAUUGACGCUAUUGGCACAAAGAGGUAUGAAUCUAAUUCAGGAGGAGAGCGUGAGAUCCAGAGAACAAUGCUGGAGCUGUUAAACCAGUUGGAUGGAUUUGACUCACGCGGAGACGUUAAAGUCAUCAUGGCUACUAAUAGGAUUGAGACACUUGACCCAGCUCUCAUUAGACCAGGUAGAAUCGAUCGUAAGAUUGAGUUCCCACUGCCGGAUGAGAAGACCAAGCGCAGAAUCUUUCAGAUCCACACCAGCAGGAUGACGGUAGCAGGCGACGUGACUUUGGACGACCUCAUCCUGGCUAAAGAGGACCUCUCCGGUGCUGAUAUCAAGGCCAUUUGCACAGAGGCAGGGCUGAUGGCUCUGAGGGAACGGAGAAUGAAAGUUACUAAUGAAGACUUCAAAAAGUCUAAAGAGAACGUCCUGUACAAGAAGCAGGAGGGGACACCGGAGGGGCUCUACCUUUAACAUGUCAUUAUACAGUCUUACACUUUAUUUUUGCUUGUUAAACAUUAACUAUUAAUUCCUGACUUAACCCUCUGUUGUUCGUUUGUGCUCAAUGCCAAUUAAAUAUUUCAGUUCACUGAGUUUCUCUGAGCCUUUCCUGAAUUCUCUGACAAUUAAAGCCUGAGAUCUACCUGUCA